AUGGGGCAAGCAGUGGUUGAGGUGGAGACUACGGUAAAGGAAGUCCCACCGGAGGUGAAGGCUGUGGAGAGCACAUUCACGAAGCUGUAUACCAAGCCGGCAAUGAUGGAGGACGGGUGCAACGUAGCAAGGCCCAAGCGCAAACUUGCAGGUUCAGAUGGUAGCUCGGACGGGGCGUGUGGGUGUGAGAAGGUGCCCCGAGUCGAUGCGAUGACGAAGCUGAGCCUGGCCUUGAAACAGGAGAACGCCCUGGGCUGUGUUUGCCGGGCCUUGCCUUCGGCAUGGCCCAAGCUUCGCAAGACCUCGAAGCUUUACAUGUGGCGCUUGGAUGAGCUGAAGCUCCACGCCUUGCAGCAGGCCCUCAUCGAAGAGCUGAACCUUGUUUUCGCUGACCUCUUCGAGCUCUGCGAACGUGGUGAUGCAGAAUGUGUGUGGAUUUUGCUGUCUCAGGGGAUGAAUGUCAAGCAACGGGACCCAGAAGGAGCGACCUUGCUUCAAAAGGCCACUCACAGCGGCUGCACCACCAUCCUGAAGCUCAUUGUCGAGAAGGGAGGCGUCCUCAAUGCGAAAGGCUCCUAUGGAUACACCCCCCUACAUGAGGCUUGCUACUUGGGCGUCCCGGAGGUGUGUGAGCUCCUUUUGUCCGUGAAGGCCAAUGUGGAUGCAUUGAGCAAGAACGGGUCCACACCACUCUUGGUGGCGGGGCGUGAAGGCCACAAUGCCAUUUGUGAGUCCCUUCUCAAGCACAAUGCAGAUGCAGACGAUGGCGGCGACAAGGGAUGGACACCACUUUCCGUCGCAGCAGGCGAAGGUCAUGUCGAAGUUUGCGAGACCCUCCUCAAGUACAAUGCCAAUGUGCAUGGCUUCUCCGGCGACGGCCGGUACGAGCGAAGUGCGUUGCAGGAGGCUGCGGAGCAGGGUCAUGCCAAUGUCGUCGGCCUCCUGCUCGAGGCAAAGGCGGAUGUGCACCAUACCUUUGAUGAAGGGGGCGGGCAGCAGCGACGAUGGACAGCCGCAGAGCUUGCCGAGAGAGCCGGGCAUAGCAAGAUCGUCAACAUGCUCAUGUCCCAGGUGAUGGCGCCAAAUUGCUUCUUUGUGGCACUUCAGACAUCUUCAGAUGGAUUGCUUCACGUUAUGCAUGAUCCCGAGGCGACUGACUUCCUCUUCCAGUCGAGUUCGGAAGCUCGCUGCUCAGAAGACCCGAAGGUGCCCGUGGCAUGGCACUGGUAUGCCUGUCGAGCUAUCCUCCAAGGCAUGCCUAAGCGACCUGGAGGGCAUGUCUACGACCCACAUCCUUGCCAGGAUGUGUCCUCGGACACUGAGGAUUCUGUGGAGCUGGAGACGCCGUCUGGAACCUGCACGACGGCGGCUGAGCUCGGCCCAGACGGCUUGCCCUCGAUAGGCUCCGUCGGACAUGCCACUGGCGACUGCAAGCGCUGCUGCUUCCAUCCAAAGGGCCGCUGCCAGAACGGCCACGACUGCAGGUUCUGCCACUUUGACCACGACAAGCGCCGUCGUGCAGGCACAAAGAAGAAGAGCAGCCGACAAGUGUCUCCAGACAGCAGCAUGACCGGUGACGGCAUAUCUCCUGUCCUGACGCCCGCCAUGGGGCAGCAGCCCAUGGCUCUCAUCCCGGGUCCGCAGGCACCGUGCCAGCCAGUGGGGCCCUGUGCGACGACACCCUCAGCGGCUUGCGGUUACCCCGAGGCACAGCCCCACAUGGAGGCACCGCAAAUGGCAAUGGGAUGCAUGGAGGAGCAGGUCGGCUACGCACCACCCAUGAUGCCGAAUGAUUACGGGAACAUGCCCAUGUGGCAAGGCGACUUGCCUGGUUUCAUGGGUCCUUGCCCGCUGUCCACGGCGCCCCAAGGCCCUCAGUACGGUUGGCCAGGGCCGCCCAACUUCUUCGCCCCUCGGCUUGGUGGCUGUCGAGCUUCGGAGCUGUCAAGAGGGCAGCCCAUCAUCAGCCGCACCAGCUGCCGCCUCCCAUGCCGCUACUUGGAGCAGAAUCCCACCGCAUCCGAGGUACUCCUAGGAUUUCGGUUCCAGUUUGCAUGCGGGGGAAUUGACUAUCUGCUGGAGACCAAUCGCUCUUGGAGCGAUUCCAUACUCUCUGCUGCAACUGGGAUUGCGGAGAUGGGCGGGGAUGUUCGAAUUCCACGGAGGCAAUCCCUGCUGGGCACCGGACCAAGCGAAGGGGUCGACAACUGGUGCCCUGUUUGCAGCUUCGAGGGGGCCCGCGUGAUCCGGGCCAGUCUGGCUAGGGACAACCGAUCAGAGGCCAAGAAGAGUUUGCUUCCUGGAUUGGCCCCAUCCGAAAUUAUGGAGGCUGCCGGUCGGAACAUCGAGUUCUGGGUGCGGCAGAAGGCGUUGGAAUCCUCCAGGCGUCGCAAGAGGUGCCUGAGCAUGGAGGAGCGCCUUGUCAGUGUGACUCAGACGGCGGAGGACCACAUCCAGCAAAGCCAAAAGCAGCGCGAAGAGCUGGCUCAAGAGGAGGCAGAUUUGGAAAAGCGGCUGCAGAUGCUGGUGCAGGAGCGCUCGGAAGUUAGCCAUCAGAUCGAGCAGCUGAAGCGAGAGUUCCUGGAAGCCGACGAACAAAGGAGCUGCCUGGAUCUCCAGGUGGGUGGCUCUGUGCGGGACGUUCUCCAGGGGCGGCCUAUGCCCGAGCGGCGAGCGCCCGUGACUGCUUCAAGGCUCCACGAGCCGCAGCUCCGCGGUGGGGGCUACAGCUUCGAAGGUGCCGGGCUGAGGCGAAGCCGGAGCCGCUCUCCCGGGAGGCUUGCAAACCAGGUCGAGGCGGGCCUCGACGACUUCUUUGUCAAGCCGAACCUUCUCGAGCGUUGUUCUGAGAAGGAGCCCCCCCGCAUGGCCCGCGCACCCGCGAGCCCGUCUCCCUUCCCGGACAGCGGUGCGCAAGCCUUCCGCCGAGAGUCGCAGAAUCUGGUUUGGUCACAGAAACUUUUUUUGGCAGCGUUUCCACCCAUUCAGGGUGGUAUUCCUCAGAUCAGAUGGAAGCUUCUCCUGCCUUGGCCUCCCAAAAGUAUACAUGUGCAAGCCGCAAGGUGUAGUAAAUCCAAAUUGACCGCGAGAAGGCUUCCUCAGACUCUCCAAACUUGGCCAAUCUGGACAGGACGCUUACGCCGGGCUUCUUGGGAGGAGCUCGUCAAGGGCGGCGCCGAAUUACCUGAGGGGCUUCUCCCGCAAGAACGUAGUGGGUCUUGA